CAAAAUUGUAUUUUAUCCCACCUGACACAAACCGCCUCACAUCACUCCUCUCCACACAAUGUCAAUAAACAACAACACCUUUCUAUCGCGGAUAUUCGGUGCGAACAGCUACUACCCAAAUGACGAAGAAGCGCUAGAGAAUACAGAGCUCUCUCUCUUCAACCCCGUGUCGGAUGAGUUCACCAACCGGUUUGCCCCCCAGCCGCGUCUGUACCUAGAAUCGGAGGCAGAGUCGGAUUCCGAUUCUGAUGGAUUGCUCAAUGAGUCGCGAACGCUACCAAGUGGGACUAAUGAGCGAGAUAAGACACCAACACGGGGUUCCGUGGCGCCAACCUUCACCACCCCUUCCCUCCCCGCCACAUCCACCAAUCCCAAAGGCCCCCCAUUAUUUGGAAUUCUUAACAGCCGCUACAAAGCUCCAGAGACGGCGCCGGUAAAUGAGCAAGAUCCUGUGUUGCCCACGUUUCAGACCCCAGCGCGGCGGCGGAAAACCAUUGGAUUCCUCUCUAACAGAGAAAAGGCCCUGUGGAUGUGGGCAAACGUGGAGAAUCUCGACAUCUUCCUCCAGGACUUGUACAAAUACUACCUAGGAAACGGAUUCCAGUGCAUGAUGCUCUCCAAAACAAUGGAUCUCUUCACGCUCAUCUUUGUCAUCUGGUUUUCUGGCUACAUAUCCUCGUGCGUGGACUACUCCAAAAUUGCACACUCCAAGUCCUUGGCAGAGAUCCGGAUCCCCCAGUGCUACGCGCACAUGAACCCUCUCAAGAAGUUCUUCGGGUUUAUUAUGUUUGCGUACGUGGUGGUGCGGGUAAUCCAGGUGUACAACGACUACUACCGGCUCCUGGAGGUGCGGAACUUCUACAACCACCUUUUGAUGCUCGAGGACGACGAGUUGACCACCAUUUCGUGGCAGCAGGUGGUUGCAAAGAUUACGCUCGUGGCUGAUGCCAACGGGGUUGUAGCCUCGUCCCAGAAACCGCCGUUGGCGUCUGAUCCUACUAAGAAGCAGGAGUUGAACGCGCUCGACAUUGUUAACCGCAUCAUGCGGAAGGAAAACUAUAUGAUUGGGUUGUUCAACAAAAAGAUCUUGGACCUCUCGCUCCCCGUGCCCUCGUUUCUCAGCCCCACCAACAAGACCUCCCACCAGUUCCUCACCAAAACCUUGGAGUGGAACUUGAACUUGUGCAUCAUCAACUUCAUUUUUACCGAGCGCGGCCAGAUCCACCCCAAGUUCCUUGCGGAACGUAACCGGCAGGCAUUGACCGAGGACCUCCGCAAGCGCUUCUUCAUCGCGGGCUUUCUCAACCUCGCGUUGGCCCCGUUCAUCGUCACGUAUUUCAUCCUAUUGUACUUCUUCCGAUACUUCAACGAGUACAAGACAAAUCCAGGCAACAUUGCCAGCGCCAGACAAUACACACCUAUCGCUGAGUGGGAGCUUCGCGAGUUCAACGAGUUGUACCACUUCUUCCGCCGCAGGCUCAACCUCAGCUGUGAGGUGGCGGACGAGUACGUGUUGCAGUUUCCGUCGGCAAAGACCCACAUUAUCAUGAAGUUUGUGGCCUUUGUGACGGGCUCGGUAGUGGCGGUGUUGGCGGUGUUCACCUUGAUUGACCCUGACGGGUUCCUUAACUUCGAAAUCACCGUGGGCCGGAAUGUCUUGUUCUACAUUUCCAUCUUCGGGACCAUCUGGGCUGUCAGCCGCAACUCGUUGCCGAAGGAGAAUCUUGUGUUCGACCCCGAGCACUCGAUGCGGCGUUUGUGCGAAUACACGCACUACAUGCCUGCCGAGUGGGAGGGGCGGUUGCACACGGUGGAGGUUAGAAACGAAUUCACGUCCAAGUACUAUGACUUGGAGGUGGUGCUUCUCUUGAAGGAGUUGGCCAGUUUGGUCUUGACCCCGUUUAUUCUCUGGUACCAGCUUACCGACUGCAGCGCCAAGAUUAUCGAUUUUGUGCGGGAGUUUACCAUCCACGUGGACGGCUUGGGAUACGUCUGCUACUUUGCGAUGUUUGACUUUGAAAAGAAGAUGAAAAAGCAGAGGAUGUUUAAGGCUCGGUCCAGAGAGGCGGCGCGUGCAAUCCCUAAGGACAUCCAUUUGGAUGACGACUUCUCUCUACGCGAAGAUUACUACAGCACCAACAACGAUAAGAUGAUGAAAUCGUACAUGCACUUUGUGGAUAGCUAUGGGGGAAACCCUAAGCCCGGUAAAGUGCCGCCGCCCCAGAGUUCGGGCAAACCAGACUUGUUGAACCGGCGAAAGCCCUCAAAGCUCAGAGAGUUGGCCGUUGCGAACAGCACCACUGGCCAUUUGGGUGCAGGCGGUUUGGCACCAUUAGAGAGCAUCCCUCGAGAAGGUGGGAUGAACGAUAGUUUGCUUGAAGGGUCGUACCAGUUGAAUUUGAAUAACUUUCAGGGCCACGAGAGCGAGAGCUACGGGGGGAAUUCCGGGGUAUUAAAGAUGUUGCAUCAGUUCUAUAAGCCCGCGGAUAUUGGAAGAUGACCAAAGGGGUGAUGCGUUAAAUAUUGAAGGCAUAAGGUAUGUUGGGCAUAAGGUAUGUUGGGCAUGAGGGUCGAUGUGUGGUUCUCUAAUUGUUUGGGCCCCAACGAUUUGCCUAUAAUCACAUGUAAACAAGCUUUUGAGUAGAAAGUCUGGUAAAAUUAUAUAAGGGAAAUGACCCCUAUGCGCUUGGGUUUACGUAAUAAGCCCCUUCAGCUUGGUUAUAGGAUGGCUCACGAAACCAUUUUAUUCUCGCAUGGUUUCUGUAUCAACAAAAAAAUACAGUCUCUUAUGGAAGUACAAUAUUAUAAACGCUAAAGCAGA